AUGUUCGACAAGUUGGACGAGGCAUCAGACGAAGAGAACGAUAUGCUGGAUUUGGCGUUUGGCCUGACGGAGACAUCGAGGUUGGGCUGCCAGAUCACCAUGACACCGGAGCUGAAUGGAUUGGUGGUCAAGCUGCCAUCAAUGACGAGGAAUAUGCAGAAGAGCGAUUUCGAGCAGCGCAAGAGUUGGUGUGGGAGGGGAGGGGACAAUACUUGGUCGAAUAAUGAGUCCUUCAUGAAGAAGAUUAUCGCCCAUACCCAUGUACAUUAUAAUGCUGUACCUGUACCUGUAGAAGAAAGCUGA